CAAGGUUCUCUAGGCCUACGCGCUCGAAUUCUAGAUAUUUCGCUCGCUUCCGAGGAUUAACAAAUUUCCGACCUUUCCUACAAAUUCCUGCAGAGAAUUACCUUAGGAUUGUGUUCUCUUUUAGGAAGAAUUACUUUCAAAGGAGUAGAAAUGGCACAGACUGCGCUCCUAAGACAACUAUCGAAGAUCAAUUGAAUCGCAGGUGGCGGAACGACGACCACUUCAGUGUUUAAAGAUGGCGAUGUUUAUGUGACAAGAUGCACGGAGAAAGAAGCGAAACUAUUUAAAUCUAUUUUAUGAAAAAUGGACUGAAAAUGAUGAGCUCGGUCUUACACUGUUACGAAUUCCUUUUAUUACAAAGACUCGACGAGGACGAAGAUUUAUGGAACGAGUUAAAGGAAAAGUUUUGCAAAGAGAAGGAACGUUAUGUUAGGUUACAGAAUAUUCCUCCCAAAUUAUGGUUUUUAGCUAUAACACUGGAGAAGACUAAAGACAGGUUUCCAGCUUUUGUAAAAAAAUUAUCUUCUGAAGCCUCUCGUCAAGUGCCUUUACCUGGUGAAAAUCUUCUAAGCAGAUACUUAGCCAUGAAUGAAUUUGUUGAACUGCAUCUUGACAGUAUAUUUAAAUAUGGAGAAGGAGGUCAUUUACCACGUGAGCUGUUUAGAUGCCCAAAUGUACGUGCCAUCUCUUUGAAAUAUAAUUUCUUGGAGAGAGUACCUGCUGACAUUGGAAGGCUUCAACGUUUAGAAUAUCUUGCACUGACAAACAAUAGACUACAGAACUCUUCAAUUCCUUACACGCUCACUUUCUGUCGUCGUCUGAAGGUGUUACUACUAGAUAAUAACCUUCUUGAUGCUCUUCCCGGUUUCCUAUUGAAGAUGCCCUCUCUUCAGACGGUACAUAGACACGGGAAUCAUAACUACUUCAAGGCAACUUUCAUGUGGUAUCACACGGAUGUCAAUGACAGGAUUCUUGCUGUCAACGGGUCACCUUCUCACCAGUCAGUUCGUCAACCGGAUUCCCUCCAGUUUCUCUCCGCUAGAGCCGUGAUAGCUGCAAAAAUUAAUUUUUAUACUUGUUCUUACAUACCUUCGAUGCUCAUGGAUUACAUUUCGGAUAUGUAUUUCAAGUUUAACAUCUGUGGGAACUGCACAAAAGCAGAAUUGCAAGCGCAGUCAGGUUAUAAAGUGUUCACUUUCAAGAAUCCCUAUCUUGGAAACACGUGCGUUCCAUUUCAGCACUGGGCGUGUUGCAUAAAGUGUGCAGAAAAGAUUGAAGUUCCAGCUAGAAUAGAACAAAUUAUAUCCUCUCAGGAACAGGAUCGCCAAUAUCACAGAUACAUUCAGGAAGAACAGGAUAGAUGCCGCUAUCGACAGAGGCAUAACACCACAACCCCUCUGAGCUGUUGUCUUUUCUGACCCUGGCAGAAACUAUAAACAAUUUAAUUGUUAAAAAAAGUGGUAAAAUAAUGGACAUUUUUAUGUUAUAGACACAUUAAAUUGGCAUUCUAAGUUAUUAUUUUGAGAAGCAAAUUGAUUUUGCUAUGUAUUUUUUAGUUUAUAUCAGGUAAGUAAUGAUACAAGUUUCCUUCUGUUUAUUCAAAAAAGCAAACUUUUAGGCAUCAAUUGUGAUAUUAUUCCGAUAAAUUAAUUAUUUGGGUGAUGUUUUUGUUAUUUGCGAACAUCCGUGUAAUCAAAUUAACUUAUUGUUUAAUUUAUUUGCUAUGAGUGAUAGGAUAAGCAAUAAUUAGUAUUAUAAAGUGAUAAGCGUGAAACUAGGAACAUGAGUUACCAAAUGAGAUUAUAUUCCUUUUCCCCUUCAUUAUGUGCACUAUUAGAUUUUAAAUAUUGCACAGUUUGUAUUAUUAUGUUUUCAUUUUUUAAGAGUUUUAUGUAUUCUAGAAUCCUAUGGUUAAAUUUUGAAUAUGACAUAUCUGUAUACAUAUACACACACACACACACACUCACAUAUAUACACCCACCCACAUAUUGUAUAAUUGUAUAUAAAACUUUUUGUAAUUACUACACAAAUUAUAUAAUGCUGUUUGGAUGAUAUUCCGACAAAUAUAUGCUCAAGAAGGAUAAUGAUAAAGAACACAUUCUGCAAAUGACACUAUCAAUUAUUGCACUCGACAGUAAUGCCGUGCUGCAGAAUUAACCACGCAUUUCUAUGUAAAAGCUUGACUUUGACAUUGUCAUUUUAAGUCACUGGUCAUACAAAAUCCUUUCCGGACUAAGACCCAAAACAUAUCAAAACACUACUUUUAUGAAUCUAUAUGUAUCUUAGUGUUAUUUAAUGCAGAUAUCUUUAAAUUGUACGAUAUAUAUCUGUAUACAAGUUAUAUUUGAAGAGUAGGAGAUGAAGUUAAUAUUUUGCUGGAGUUUGAUGAUCAAAAUACUUUUAAUAAACAAUCCAGCUUUGGUAUUGCACCACAUAUUUUAACAGUCAAAAAAGAAACGAAAGCUGCAUGCAUGUUGACAGUUUGGCUCCACACAUUAGAACAGUAUUAUCAAUUUAAAAUGUGAGUAGAUUUGAUUUUGUAUGUCAGUAUGUUGGAGUGAAUGGCUCCAAAAUUAGUGGAUCCUUUUCUUUCUUAGUGGGUUUGGUCCAUUCAGAUCCACAGGAACAUGCUGUCAUUCACUUAAAUAAAUUUGCAUACUGUCCAAAUGAUAAACUAACUAAAACAUUCAUUUCUUUUAUAAUGUUGCAAGACCCGAGUGCAAUAUAUUGUCUGUUUUUGUAAAUUUGUGUCGUCGCCGAAAGCCAUCUGUUAUUGAGAUGGCAUAUAAAUUCUUCGAGAUACAUUGUUAAAAUUGUAUGUAUAUAAGGUCGUGUGCCAAAGUUAAGAGAAAUAUAAAAAUUGUUACAAUUUGUGUGUGCUUUUCUUGUGUUAUACAUAUUCUAGAUAUUGAUAAUGUCUAAAAACAACAGACACACUCCAAAAUCUGGAGAAAGAAAUCAGAAGACCCAGAUUCCACAAGAUAUCAGGUGAUCGGCAAAGAAAUCUUUCAAAAACCAGAAUGUCUGCAAGUGAUUAGUAAU